AACCACAUUAAUGUUACAAAUGAUGAAACAAAUUAGUUCAAAAGGAGUUGAAACUAACCCUCAUUUGAUCACAAGUUAUCUAUUUGUCUCUUUUUUCUCGUGACUGGAGUGAAGAUUGUACCUAAGGCAGAGACUCCUCUGCCUUAGAAAAUAUAAUUUUUUUUCACAAAUGGCAUUUCAAGAUUUCGACCUCAUCACAGAACGACGAAAAAGUGAGAAGAGACAACAACUGAAGAAAAGAAUCCUCAUCGGUGUUGUUUCUACCGUUGUUCUCGCGGGUCUUAUAGGUUGUGCGUUCUUCGUUGUCACCUCAAAAGGCGUUUUUGGUGGCAAUACAAAGGAAGAAUCUUCUCAAACUUCUAAGGGUAACAAACAACAACAUAUUGCACAUUCAGAAAGGAUAGUGAAAUUGGUAUGCACUUCUGCAGAUUACAAAGAAAAAUGUGAAGGACCUCUUAACAAAGCAAUAGAAGCUGAUCCUAAACUUCAACACCCUAAAGAUCUUCUCAAAGUAUAUGUUAAAGUUGUCGAAGAUGAGGUUACCAAAGCUUUCGACAAAACAAACACAUUCAAAUUUGAAACUGAACAAGAGAAAGGUGCAUUUGAGGAUUGUAAAAAGCUAUUUGGAGAUGCUAAGGAUGAUUUACAAACCUCUAUUGAUCAACUCACUGCAAUUGAAUUCAAGAAACUUUCUUCAAAAGCACCUGACUUGAACAGUUGGUUGAGUGCUGUUAUCUCUUUUCAACAGACUUGUAUUGAUGGUUUUCCUGAAGGGAAAACGAAGACUAGUCUUCAGAAACUUUUUGUGGAUUCUAAGGAAUUUGUUAGCAAUUCACUUGCUAUGGUCACUCAGGUUUCUACAUUCCUUUCUACGGUUCAGACCCUUGCACGCGGCCGUUUGUUGUUGUCCGAUAACUCCCCUGCCGCCUCUUUGGAUUCUGAAGGUAUUCCUGAAUGGAUCCAUGCCGAGGAAAGAAGGGUUUUGAAGGCUGCUGAUAUUAGACCUACACCUAAUGUCACUGUUGCAAAAGAUGGCGGUGACUUCAAAACCAUCUCCGAAGCUUUAGCUGCCAUUCCUGCAACCUAUACUGGAAGGUAUGUGAUUUUUGUUAAAGAAGGAGUGUACGACGAGCAAGUGACAAUAACAAAGAAAAUGCAAAAUGUAACCAUGUAUGGUGAGGGAUCACAAAAGAGUAUCAUCACUGGUAGCAAAAACUUUAGGGAUGGAGUGAGGACCUUCCAAACUGCAAGUUUUGUGGUAGAAGGAGAAGGAUUUUUAGGACUAGCAAUGGGAUUCAGAAACACAGCUGGUCCUGAUGGACAUCAAGCAGUGGCAGCAAGAAUCCAAGCAGAUCGCGCUGUAUUUGCCAACUGUCGUUUCGAAGGAUACCAAGACACAUUAUACACACAAGCACACAGACAAUUUUACCGUAGUUGUAUCAUAACAGGAACAAUCGAUUUCAUCUUCGGAGACGCAGCAGUUGUAUUGCAAAAUUGUAUCAUGAUUGUUAGAAAACCAAUGGACAAUCAAGGUAACAUGGUAACAGCACAAGGUAGAAUGGACAAACAACAAGCAACAGGAACAGUUCUACAAAAAUGUCAAAUUAAAGCUGAUGACACAUUGUUAGCUGUUAAAGAUAAAAUAAAAAGUUACCUUGGUAGACCAUGGAAGGAAUUUUCAAGAACAAUUGUUAUGGAAACUGAAAUAGGUGAAUUUAUUCAUCCAGAUGGAUGGACACCUUGGGAAGGAAACUUUGCAUUGAAUACAUUGUAUUAUGCUGAGUAUAAUAACACAGGACCUGGUGCUAGUACUAGUGCUAGGGUUAAGUGGCCUGGUUACAAAGUUAUUAACAAAGAAGAAGCUAGUAAGUACACUGUAGCAAAUUUCUUGAAAGGUACAUGGGUUCAAAGCUCAGGUGUACCUUCACAGCAAGGAUUGUACAAUUAAAAAACAUUUUGGUUUUGAAUGAAUUUGUUUCAUCAUUCAACCAAUGAGUACAUGUGCUACAUAAUUAUUAUUAGUGGUAAAAAUCCACAAGUUAAUCAUUUUGACUGGGAUUAUUAUUGUAAUUUUUUAUUUUUUUAUUUUUUUUUACUUGUUUUGUUUUUUUGCCUUUGAAAAUUUUAAUCUUCUUAUGUAAAAUAUUCACCUAAUCACAAUUGGACUGAAUAGAAGUUGCAUAGGAUUGUUUUUGUUCAUCACCAAAUGUUCAAGUAAAUAUAGGCUUAUGUUAGGAAAAAAAAAUGCUAUAGAUUUCAUAGUAAAUAUGAGUCUACAAAACUUGUGGAAAAUUAACAAACUAUCUGGCUAAUAAAAUGAUGAAUCAAUAUUUCUCUUACCUU